AUAGUACUCGAAUCAUUAUUGAGAAAAAUAAUAGUCGAACAUUGUUUAAAAUCGCUGUACAAUGGAAGUAAUAAUCACAGAAAUUGAAGUAAACGACGUAAGAUUCCCAACGUCCCUGUUGGCAGAUGGUAGCGAUGCUAUGCAUACUGAUCCUGAUUACUCUUGUGCAUAUGUUACAAUAAAAACUAACAAAGGCAUCGAAGGAUAUGGAUUAACGUUCACGUUGGGAAGAGGCACAGAAAUCGUCGUCCAAGCGUGCAAAUCAAUGUCCUACUUGGUGAAAGGACAAAAAGCUAAUGAAAUCUUUACACACUUUGGAUCAUUUUGGCGGAAAUUGACUAGUGAAUCGCAGUUAAGAUGGAUUGGACCCGAAAAGGGUGUUACCCAUCUUGCUACAGCAGCUAUAAUAAAUGCACUGUGGGAUCUAUGGGCUCGAAUCGAAAAGAAACCUGUUUGGAAACUUCUUACAGACUUAACUCCGGAACAAUUGGUCUCUACUGUAGACUUUAGAUACAUCACCGAUGUUAUUACCAAAGAAGAAGCUAUACAGUUACUAAAAAGUAGCAAAGAAGGAAAAGCGAAACGAGAAGAAAUUUUAAAGAAAAAUGGGUACCCGGCGUACACGACGCAAGUGGGAUGGCUUGGAUACAGCGAUAGCAAAGUGAACGAGCUUUGCAAUAAAUUUUUAAAUCUUGGUUUCACUUCGUUCAAAACGAAGGUUGGUCAAAAUCUACAAGACGACAUGAGGAGAUGUCAGAUGAUACGGGAAACGAUAGGAUACGAUAAUAAAUUGAUGUUGGAUGCGAAUCAAGUUUGGGACGUUAACGAAUCUAUAGAAUGGAUGAAACAGUUGAUAAAGUUUAAACCAACGUGGAUCGAAGAACCAACGUCACCGGACGAUGUCUUAGGACACGCGAAAAUCGCUAAUGAAUUGAGACCCCAUGGGGUUGGUGUCGCCACUGGUGAAAUGUGCGCCAAUCGUGUAAUGUUUAAGCAAUUUUUGCAAAUGAAAGCGAUCGAUUAUUGUCAAAUUGAUUCCGCCAGAAUUGGAGGAAUUAACGAGAUACUAGCUGUUUAUUUGAUGGCGAAAAAAAUAGGAGUUCCAGUAUGUCCCCAUGCCGGAGGAGUAGGUCUAUGCGAAAUGGUUCAACACCUUCAAAUGUGGGACUUUAUUUGCUUGAGCGGAACCACCGAAAAUCGAGUGAUAGAAUACAUCGAUCAGCAACACGAGCAUUUUGAAGAUCCUGUGGUCGUUCAGAAUGCUUGUUACAUGCCGCCUAAACAACCCGGUUAUUCGGCUAAAUUCAAAGACGACUGUAUCAGAAAAUAUUCCUAUCCAGAUGGAGAACAAUGGAAAUAUAUGUAUGAAAAAGGUAUUUUUCAUUGAUCAUACAUAAUUUAGAUAAAGUAUUAAUGUACGAAUUUUAUAUCAACUGUACAUUGUUACUAUUUUCGAUAUAAAUAUAUUUUUUUGCAAAAUUAAAA